UAAAAACACUCAAAAGGAGAUAUAAAAGACAGUUUGGAAUCCAGACACUCAUCCAUAGAAUUCUUAUGUUUCGAUUUGGGAAUUGUGUAUGAUAUGAUAUAUUAAUAACCCAAUUUUGAAAUCUUUUCAAAAAAAAAAAUUCCUAUAAGUGUAAGAUUUUAUUUUGUUUCAAAAAUGGCAAUUAUUAAUAUUUCAAAGAUUUUUUUCUUAAUGUAUCAAUUGAAUAAUGGUAAAUUGCUAAUUAUAUUGAAUAAUUAUGUAUAUUAGUAUGCAAUAAGAACCUCCCACCUCUGAAAUAAUUAUCCUUCCGCAACCAAGACAAUGGCUUAUCCUUGCGUCAAAAGAAACGUAUUUUCACUUCUUCCUCUACUCGUUCUUCUAUCAGUCACCCCUUUGUCUUCAUCUUUGUCUCCGAGUGACAAAAUCACAAAAGACUUACUUUACUACCUCUGCACAGAACCAAACAUUGACAGCAGCUUCUGCAUCCCUUGGCUAACCUCUGAUCCAACAACAUUCACUCUCGACCUACAAGGUCUUCUCGAUUUGGUCUUCCAAAAGACGCAAUUGUUGGGCUAUAAGAGCCUAGCGGCGAUGAAAGGCUCAGUGAGAACCAUGCCUGGUUCGACGCUCAAGAUCCCAUUUGAGACUUGCGUGAAAGAUUAUGAAUCAGCCAUUAAAUCGAUCGAGGAAGCUCAAGGGUUUCUGACCUCUAAGGCGUACGCGUUAGCAUCUCAAGGGGCUGCUAAAGCCUUCAUUAGUAUAUCAGUGUGUGAAGCUCAGUUUGAAGGACGGGCUGAUGUGCCGGCUUAUGUAGUGAAACUCAAUUUGUUUUUUAAAAGAAUGUGUAACAUUGAUAGGGUUUUCUCCAACGCUUUGACUUAA